CUUGUAUACCGUGGAGGGUUCCUUUGCUACAUACCAUGUGUUGGAGGAAGUGUCAAUUGGAGACAAACCAAAAGAACAUGUUUUAAAAGUUGUGUUUAAUCGAGAAAAUAAUGAUGUCAACUGUGAAUGUUCGUUGUUUGAGUUUAGAGAUAUUUUGUGUUGCCAUGUGUUAUCUGUGUGUACUCAAGAGAGAGUUAAAAAUGUGUCAAAUAAGUAUAUCUUAACAAGGUGGAAGAAAAAUAUUAAAAGGAAACAUUCAUAUAUUAAGAGCAGUUAUGGUGUGAAAGAAUUGAAGCCACAAAUGGACAGGUUUGACAAAUUGUGCAAGCAUUUCUAUGAAGUUGCUGAAGUAGCUGCAGAGUCUGAAGAUGCGACUAAGGCACUUCAUGAAAUAUUACAUCAAUUUAAUUCUAAUGUGCCCACCAUGGAUACUACGAUUAACAAGGUUAAAAGAAGUUCUAUUGAUGCUUCAAGUCCAAACAAUGAUAAUGAAAUUCACAGUCCUUUGUGGGUCAAGCGUAAAGGUCGUCCUCCAUCAAAAAGAAAAAUAUAUGUAGUUGAAAAAAUCGUAAAGAGGUCAAGGAAUCAAUCCAAUCAACGCGAUGACAGAGAGGCUACCUUUGAGAACAAUACUGAAAUAAUGAGAAAGCAUAAUGAAAGUAACAUCUGCAUAGAAUCAUCUAUUGAAGCUAUCGAAAGUAACACGUUGGUUGGAGGUAAUACAUCAUUCUUGGAUCUUUUGUCACAAUUCAGCACAACUAUGUGAUAAAAUGUAAAUAUUUUAUCAAUUUUUUAUAUGAUAUUUUGUUGCAACAAACAGUCAAGUAAAUGGAUUGUAUGAUAAUCAUGUAUGUGGUUUAUCACAUUUGUCACUUUUUUGUCAUUAAUGGAUUUUAACAGAAUGUUUGGUCAU